CGCCAUCCAAAUCCCGCCACCUACAGCGAAACCCCCCCUCAAUCCAAAGCCCCCCAAUCAUCCACCCCCAUAACCCACCCCAACACACCCAAUGUCGACCCGCACCUCCCAAACCGUCUCCUACGCCGCCCUAGUCCUCGCCGACGACGCCCUGCCCAUCACCCCGAGAACCUGCAAGCGCUCCUCAGCGCCGCGAGCAUCACGGACGUCCAACCAAUUUGGAUUGUACUCUUCGCCAACGCACUGAAAGACUAGGACGCCGGGGAGAUAUUGACUGCGGUUGCGGAUGAGGAGCCUCGGCGUGAUGCGGUGGGGGAUGAGGUGGAUGGAGUGGGAGAGGAGAUUGUUGAUUGUAGGUGUGGGUCGGAUAGUGAGGAUGAUGCGUUUUGUAGCUUGUUUGACUGAGGGUGCGGGUGUAUGGGUGUCGAAUGGGAAGCGUCUGGGGGGCUUGGGAUGUCAUGGCAGGGACUGGGUUGAUUGGAAGUAUGCUUUUCAAGUACAUGUUCUAUGUUGUGCGACUUUUUGUUUGGUGUGUUUGUGUGGAAUGUUGGUAUUAGGACUUCAUGCACGAAUCUGCGUGGUCGUAUGAUUACUUACACUCUCGUGUCUUGUUCCUUAAAUCUACGACUGAAGGAUCUGAUGAGUUAGGAAGCACCAAUACACUGUCAUACUCAG